CAGUCUUACUUUUGUUACGCUUUGUAUAGUUUGAUAAACUGUUUUCCAGCACACAAAAGUAAUUUUAAAUACAUUUCACACACACCCAGACCACUGUUUAAUGAGUGAACAUGACAUUGGCGUGGAGUCGCUCGGAUCCCGCACGUGCGGCCAAGGAGAGCCAUGAGAUCUUUCCCAUAGAGCAGCCGCUUGUACGUCGCACCUUUGUGCCCUCGUAUGACAAGGAGCCGCCGGCCAUGAGUCUGCUGCUGGGCUGGGAGUACGGGCGCGUCUGGCUGCAGGAGCAUCACGAGAUGAUGACGCGCAUUCUGAGCAAAUCAAAGCCGCAGUUCAUUGAGCCGAAUUUCGACUGGUGGGUGAGCAAGCGCAACGCUACCUUGGAUCGGCGUGCGCUGUUCGUUAAGUCGGCACAGAAUGCGCACGCCAAGAAUUGCAAUAUGAGCGCCUUUGCUCAGUCAAAGGUCAAUCGCCAGCUGCGCAGCAAAUCGUUGCAGGCUGGGAGCAGCGGAGUUGCGGAGCUGGCAGCCAUUUGCAAUUGCAAGGAUUGCAAGCAACGCCGCUGCAAAGGCGGCUUCAAUAAAGGCCUGGGCAAGGCUGCUGCACAGGCUGAGAGAUUCGUAAAAUCAAUGCCUUGGUAUUGAAUUUUAUUUUAUGUAGUUUUUCACAGAGGAGGCAAUCAAUAAACUGUAUUGAAUGCAUACUAA